GUACCAUUCACAUUCACUCUGCGGACUCACAAUUUGGAAAGGACACAGGAGAAGUAGAGUGGAAGCUGUCAGAGUGGUUUUCCCACGGAGAGAGUGAGUACGGAGGAAUUUAACAAAGCAGUGCAAUUUAUGGUUUGGAGAAGUGAAUGAAGUUGGGCCUCGUCUCGGUAUCCACAGAAAGCAUUAUCUGGGCUCCCUCGGAUCCUUCUUCCGGCUAUAUGUAUCAGGUGUCCAGAGUGAACAGGGUCUGCACUUCCUACACUGUGAAUGAGGAGGAGAAGUGAUGCCUCAAAACGGAAGCUGUUGCAGAGUGUGCUGCAGGGUCGUAUAUAGCUGCCACUGGACAGGUGGGGUGAAAAAGCAUGCAUGCUGUUGGCUAUCAUAUGUCAUUCUGGUGUCCCUGCUCUGCCUGUGCUGGAUGUACAUCUGUCUGGUUACUUAUAAUGACCGAGAAGAUGUGAACUGGGAGGGCUUCAAAAACCUGAAACUAUGGGUGAACUGGUUCAUGGUGCUGAUCAUCAUUUCCGCAGUGUUGACCAGCUACUGCGUUCUGCUGCUGCUAUUUGCGCUCUUCCACAUUGCCUUAAAAGAACCACUCAACUUACACUGGCUGCAUAAGAUAUUCUUAUUUCUUGGUGUGAUUUUCGUCACUCUCGGAGUGACAGGAAUUUCUCUGCGAUGGCAACAAGAAUGGCCAACUGUUCCUCUUUCACUCCAGGCAACAGCUCCUUUCUUGCAGUUUGGUGCUGUUGGGGCGUUGAUGCUGCUGUCCCCAUUCAUCUUUAAGGGCAUUCGCGCGGCCAGAGAAAAAUGGUCCAAGUUCCUGAUUGGAGCAGUAUUUGUAAUGCUGUCGGCAGCCAUCUUCCUGUGUCCCCUGAUCAUCCAGUCUCCAUGUCUGAUAGAGUGGGCCGAAUUACCUGAAAAACCACAGCUGAUCGGUCACAGAGGAGAUCCGAUGAUGGCCCCGGAGAACACCAUCAUGUCAUUUAACAAGAGCAUCUUGUGUGACGUGAAAGCCUUUGAGACAGACGUACAGCUCAGUAAAGACGGAAUUCCAUUCUUGAUGCAUGACAAUAAUCAGUCUGGGUUCCUGCGGAGAACAACAAAUGUUAAAGACAAGUUCCCCCACAAGGACUUCAACCAAAGCGCCGACUUGAACUGGGAUGAACUGCAGAGUCUGAAUGCAGGCGAAUGGUUUCUUAAAACAGAUCCUUUCCAUUCAGUGUCCAAGCUGUCAGAAGAGGAGAGGGAAAUGGCGAGGAGUCAGACUAUACCCACCUUACUUCAGCUCCUCGACCUCGCCAAGCAGCACAACAUCUCAGUGAUGUUUGACCUUUACAGUCUAAACCAGGAAAAUGACACAAUACAAACAGUCAAAACCAUUUUGAAUUCUAGCAUUGACCCAAGACUGAUCUUCUGGCUUCCUCCAGUUGAAAGAGAAUAUGUAAAUAAGACUGCUCCAGACUUUAUCCAGAUCUAUAACAACGAAAGUGAUAUGGUUAACGGAGAGGGGAACCACCUUAAUUUGAAAUACAGCAAGAUCAGUACAAAGAAAAUCGGGGAGCUUCGGCGCAGGAACAUUACGGUGAACCUGUGGGUGGUUAAUGAGCGUUGGCUGUUCUCUCUGCUGUGGUGUGCGGGGGCCAGCUCUGUUACCACCAACUCCUGCCACCUCCUAAAAGACAUGAAGCAGCCAAACUGGGUCAUGGCGCCUCUUAAGUACACAAUAAUAUGGAUUACAGUGGACAUUGUAUCCAUUUUUAUAAUGAUUGGACUCUUCAUCUUGCAAUGGAAAACAAGCCUUUUCAUUCACAAUAAAGGAAAAGUGAAGCAAAGUCACAAUAUUUUGGCCUGGAACGAGAAAGAACAGUCGCCCUUCUUGCCCGCAAGGUAGAUCACUGAUGCCAGCAGGAUAUUCAGCCCCAAAACUGACAUACAUCCUGACCUGCACCACCAGCACUACUGGAUGGCGGUUUUUGUUUUUUGUUUCUAACUGGUUAACUGGGUUUUGAAGAUUUUUCUGUUCUCCUGAAAAUAUAAAGCUUCCUUCAGAUUGACUGCAAUUGCACUGAAGAUCUGCACUUGAUUUCCUAUUAGCACUUUCCGUUGUUGCUGUUCCAUUUUCUUACAAAUCUUCUUUCAGGGUGUCACAGCUGCAUAAAUUGUUUGUAUUGUACGUCACUUUUUUAAAUGUUGUUUUUAUUUCAUGUGGUGUAACUAAAAGCACGACGAAAUAUUGUAUGAAUAGAAUUGAAUCCUCAACAACAUUAAUAAAUAUGUUUUAAACACCAAGUACAUUUUUGUUAAUGUAGAGAGUUGGUAAAGUGACAUAUGAUGUACAUCGAAAGCAUUGCAUCAUGACAAACAAAUGGCUGCAUGUUUCUUCAUGAAAUAAUUCCGUUUUUUUUUAUUUGUGAAAGGACGGGCGUGAUAACUUCUGCCAUUUUCCUUAUAGCACACCUUGCUUGCACAAUGAAUAUUUUUUACUUUGAUAAAUUUGGCUAAUAAAUGUUUUAACUGGGUACAAAUUGUAAGCACAGCUUUUACUUGUAAUGGAGUACGUUGACAUUUAUAAUUUAAAUAAAAUGAAGAAUUUGA